AUGGCGCACAGGAUGGUGGUGCAGCAGCCCAAACCGGUCAUCAUGGCCGCUGCCACAGACCAGUGGACCACCAGCAUCUGCGAAUGUGACAACGUGAACGACUGCUGUUUCUCGUUCUGGUGCUGCUCGUGUUUCGCGUGCAUCACGGCGCGGGACCACGGGGAGUGUCUGUGCCUCCCAUUGGUCGACUCGUUUGGGUGCAUCCCCCCCAUCACACUCUCCAUGAGGGUGUCCAUGCGCCGCACGUUUGGAAUCAAGGACACCAUCUGUAAUGACUGCAUUUACGCCUUCUGCUGCGGACCCUGUUCCUACUGUCAGAUCAGACGAGAGAUGAAGGCUCGCCUCCACCCCGUCACCCUCAUCAACAAUCGGGCUCAGUAACCACGGCCACCGGCGAUUCUUAACCCUACCCCCGCACUUUAGAAUAAUCUCCAUCACCCUCUUCAUCGAUUUCAGCCACCAGUGCUGAGUAGAAA